AAUUCAAAAGGUAGUUACAAAAUUCAAACCUAGCAGAAGAAAUCAUGAAAUCCAUUCACCAGUUCAUCAUCAACAAUACAGAUAGAGAAACUGCAAACACAAAGUCAAACCCUCGCCGGCCAUCCAUCUUCGUCAAUUCCGUCACCAUGUGGCGGACAAACCGCUGCUAUCUUGUUCCAAUCGGAUGACAUAUUAUCUUUACACACUUAUUCGGUAACCUAUUUAUACUCUGUUUUUUGUUUCCUUAAUCACUCACAAAAUUGUAUCCAAUUUGUUGAUAUUAACGCCUUAGUUGUGCAAAUUAGGGUUUUACUUCGAUUUAUUUCGUAUCUAGAGUUGGUUUUAGGGUUUGCUAGUGUUAAUUUAACAUUAUUAGGUGUUUCUAGGGUUUCAUUUGUGUAAAUUGGCUGGAAAUUUACAUAUACAGUUAUUAGGUAAACUAUUAAUAGCCUGUUUUGCGUUUACUUAAUUAUUCAUGAAAUUGUAUCCGAGUUGUUGAUUUCAAAUUAGGGUUUUAAUUAGGUUUAUUUCAUAUCUAGAGGUGGUUUUAGGGUUUUAGGUGUGUCUAGGGUUUGUAGUUUAAUGUUCCUGAUUGGUUGUGUAUGUUAGGGUUUUAAUCUGAUUUAUUUCAUAUCCAGAUUUGGUUUCAGGGUUUGCUAGUGUUCAUUUAGCAUUAUUAGGUGUGUUUAGGGUUUUUUCGAGCUUAAUGUUCUUGAUUGAUUGUGUAAGUUAGGGUUAUAAUCUGGUUUAUUAGGUGUUUGUAGGGUUUGUAGUUUAAUGUUCUUGAUUUAUUGUGUAAAUUAGGGUUUUAAUCUGGUUUAUUUCAUAUCUAGAGUUAGUUUCAUGGUUUGCUAGUGUUGCUUAGCAUUUUUAGGUAUUUCUAGGGCUUGUUAGAGCUUAACGAUCUUGAUUGAUUGAGUAGAAGUGUUAGGAUUUGGGGAAGAACAGGGUUCAAUUCGUGUAAAGAAAUGAGUGAAAAUAAGGACAUUCAAAGAGUACAAUCUUCAUUUGGUGAUCCACUAGAAUCACAUGUUUCUUUUGAUCAUCUUCGCAUACCGCAGUCAAACACUGUCCAAUUUCGUGCCCAGAUUCAACCGUUUGUUUCGUAUUUUAAUGCUGAAAACAGCGGUAAAAGGCUCGGAAUUCCUCCAGCUCAUCCACAAAUCCUUGGCACCCGGAGUCCUCGAAGCAAUCAGCAAACUUCAUCUCAGCCUUUGUUUUUCUCGGUUGAUUCUUUGCCCCCUUUGAGCCCGUCUUCCUAUCGGGGCCCCACAUCUGAUCAAAUAGUAGGUGAUGUCACUCACAGGCGGUCAAACAGUGAUAUUCCAUUUGGGUUCUCAACUAUCUUGCAGUCAUCGCCACCUUUGAUCCCGUUAAGAGGCUCUAAGGGCUUUGACGUGUCUGCACAUUUGAGGAACAUCAAGCAGGAAUCCAAUUGGGAGAAAACUUGCGGUGAAAGCAAUGCAGAAGGUUUGGGCGAACGGAAAUCCGAAGGUGAAGUCGUGGAUGAUCGGUUUUCUUCUUAUGUAAACCUAAACAAUCUUGGUAAAUUAAACUCUUUUAGAACUGAAAACGGUGAAGAUCUGGAUAGCAGAGCUAGUGGUACGAAGGCAAACGGAGGUGACAGCAGUGAUAAUGAAGCGACAAGUAGCGUAAUCGGAAGCAAUAACAGUAUGCAGAGGUCAGGUAUCUGUUCAAUUUCUGAUAAACGGCACUACAGAAGUCUCUCCAUGGAUAGUGUUAUCGGGAACAUGAACUUCGUUGAUGAAUCGCUUAAGUUGCCGGAAGGGCAAAUAGGUAAAUUGUUGUCAGCUGAUUCAAUUAACGUGAAUUCAGAUACGUUUAGCUUGGAUUUUGGAAACGGUGUGUUUAAUGGGGCCGAGCUCAAGAAAAUCAUGGCGAAUGAGAACCUUGCUGAAAUGGCUUUAACUGAUCCAAAGAGAGUCAAAAGGAUUUUGGCUAAUCGACAGUCAGCUGCUCGUUCCAAAGAAAGGAAAAUGCGUUAUAUCACGGAAUUGGAGAAUAAGGUUCAAAAUUUACAGACAGAAGCAACAACGUUGUCUGCUCAGGUUACCUUAUUGCAGAGAGAUUUAACUAGUUUAACAAGUCAAAAUAAUGAGCUGAAGUUUCGUGUACAAGCAAUGGAGCAACAAUCCCACCUUCGAGAUGCUCUAAAUGAUACUUUAACCGCUGAGGUCCAACGUUUGAAGAUAAUGAGGCUGGAGUUAAGUGCGGAUGCUACUAAUUUUUCUCAGCCAUCAAUCAAUCUGCAAAUGUUUCAGUUACAUCAUCAGCACGAGCAGCAGGAGCAAAAUGGUGGCACAACUACACACGGUUAAAAUCAAUUGGUCGUUUAAGUCGACUGGCUCGUGAUUACAAGUAUUUUUAUACCAGUAGCUAUAUGGGUUUACUUCAUUCGUUUGUUCUUUGCAUCUCUUAAAAAGGAAGACAUCGAGGGGUGUUGUUAUGUUUGUUUGUUCGUUCGUUUGUCCAUUGCAUUUUAUUGGAAGAAGAGGUUACUCAGGGUAGUUAGAAUCAAAGGUAGUAGCAAAAUAAGAGGAUUGCUUAAGUUGGAUGGUGAACAUGUACUUUUUUGUAUUUGUUAAAAUGAGUGAACUUGAAAUAAUAUUGAAGAAUAAAGUAGAUUUUUUUUUCA